GCCAAGUGAAACUAUGUAUUGCUCAGAUAAAAGACCUAUCAUCACCCCACAAACACCAACACCUCAUAAUUUGUACACAGAGAUGCGAUUACUGAACCUAAUCAGUGGUGAAUACGGUGUACUAUGUCCGCCCGGUCGGAUGUAUCAUCAGAGAAAUAGCCGCACUUGAAACCGGACAUAAUGGUUGUGAAAUUCACUUACUCUGAGAAUGUUAGUUGUUGUUGUAAAACGGAGCUAGUCUCCAAUUUCUCUCAUGGUGAUAAGGCUCAUACAAGGCUGAAACUUAACGAUAGUGCAGUUGUCAACAUAGGUUAUUCAGUUGGAACAAUUGGUAUAAAUGCAAAUAAUCACCGCCAAACGAUCAACAUGAGAGAGAUUCUGGAGUCAAGGGAGGAAACGUACCUUUUACUAUAUAUCCUGUUUUACAGGUACAUUGGGGGCGCUUGUUCUUUGCCGGGAAACCAUUCGUUCAGAAAUGGGGGCAUCGGCGGAAUUUAUAGUUUUUCGGUAUAUUCGCGGAGCUAGUGAAAAAUUCGUCAGGCUGCGAAAUGAGCAUAAAAAUU